CUGUGCCCAGCUGAACCACCCCGAUUUUCAUUUUAUUUGUGAGCUUUAAAAAUGAGCUAUUGAGCUGACUUCUUGAUGAGGUGACAGAUAAGGGUACAAUGCUGAAGAAAAGACAGUCAUCCAGUGACAAUGUGUUCCGGUUCGAGGCUCCCAGCAGCCCGAGGAAGGCUGGUGCCGACGCCCCGCACAGCUCUACCGACAGCCCGGGCUCGGUGUUUCUCAGCUCGGAGGCCGAGAAUGGUGUGGAGGACAAAAAGAAGACCAACAAGUCUCCAACAGCCCAGUCCCCUACCUCAUCAGUGGAGGCCGAGUCCCCAGACCAGAAGAGAAGCAUUGGCUUGUGGUCAAAAUCCAGUUUAGAUGGUGCCACUUAUUCAGGCGAUAAGAAUGAGUGUAAAGUCGAAAGCAAGAGUAAUGCCAAGGCCGAAAGGAAAAAGUCUUCGUCUUCCAGCCAGAUCUCUAUUCCAGUGUUUUCGGUAACCCUCAUAAAGAAAACCAAAACUGCCCUUCUGGUGCCAAAUGCCCUGAUCAUAGCGACAGUCACUGACAGGUACAUAUUCGUUUCCUUACUCUCCAGAGAUUCAACAUACAAACUGCUAAAAUCUGUGUGUGGACAUCUAGACAACACAAGUGUUGGUAACAGCCCCAACCCAUCUUCUGCUGAAAAUAGUUUCCGGACAGAACGCCCUUCAUCUCUGCCUCUGGAUUUCAAUUAUGAAUUCACAGAUCUGGACGGAGUGGUUCGACAAAGAAGGCAGGACAUGGAAGGGUACAGCAGCUCCGGCUCUCAGACUCCAGAAUCUGAGAACUCCCGAGACUUCCAUGUGACAGAAUCUCAGACAGUUCUGAACGUUACCAAGGGAGAAACAAAACCACCUCGGGCAGAUGCCCACGGGAACAGAGUGCCUGAAGGAAAAGCCAAGAGCAUACCUGCUCACGGUCAAUCAGAAACGACUGGGAUCUUGCAUAAAGUCAAGUCUCAGAAAUGUCCAGCCCUCCAUCAUAUCCUUAUAUUCUACGCAGUUGUUGUCUGUGCACUAAUCAUCUCAAGCUUCUACAUGAGAUACAGAAUUAACACUCUGGAGGAGCGGCUGGGGUCCCUGACAGCCCUUGUGGAUACCCACAGUACUGAACAGACAGCACCAUCCAGCCUGGGGUCACAAAUACAACUGAAUGUGGAAGUCCUGUGUCAGGAGCUUACGGCUAACAUAGUGAAAUUAGAAAAGAUACAAAACAACCUUCAAAAGCUGCUUGAGAAUGGUGACUGAGAGACCAGAUUGCUGGGGCCAACACAUUACCUCACGUUUCCGUGAAGAAGGUGCUUCCUGAGAGGGUCUGUUGAGCGCCCCCUGCUGGCCAGAGGCGCAAGAGGCUGAGAAUUCUGUUUUGUGCUUGGAUGUCUCCAGCUCAGGAAAGGAGGAAGGGAAAGAUUUUGCUUCUUGUGCAAUAAAAGUUGAUCUUGUCUCUCUGAAAAAGUUUUUGCUGCUGCUGCUGCCUGAAGAAAACAGACCUAUCUCGGGAGGUCUCAGCGAGAUCCUAAAGGAUGCCUGUAUGUGGGUUGUAAUGGUCAGGAAACACUCCGUGCUUUUCGGCCCUUCCCAGCUUCCUCCUCGCUCCCCUCGCUCCCUUACACCCAUCUUAACCAACCUUCAGACUAUGGGGUACGCAAACAAAUUCAAUUUCGUCCUUUAAAGAAUUAGCCAUGAGCCUCCAAAAGGGCAGUGAACAUCUCCAGAAGAACAGGCUUGCUCCAGACACCUGCAUUUUGUCUCCGCCCCCUCCCCCUUCUGCUGUUAUGUUCUGACUUCUGUGACCUGUGUAUCUUAAUUUCUCUAUUCAGUUUUGGAAGCACGUCAGGUAAAGUUAAAUGAUCCCGUCUGCAUUUUGCUUUGUUUUGUUUCUGUGACUAAUUCCUAAUUGGAGUGAUUCUUACCCAACUCAGGUCAGGAAUCUGUGAGGCAUGAUACUGAGAUACUAAAUUAAACUCACUCUGAAACCAAAACUAAUCUUUAAGCCAAAAGUUGUAGUAGCGAUUUAAUGCAGGAUGAAAAACACUGAAUUUCUCAGACUGUAAGUGGACUACAGUAGCAGCUUUGAGGCAAGAUGUCUGUAUUGGAUGCUAAAACCCACUUAAAAGUAUGGUAAUUAUACGUCUCUCCUUUGCUGACUAAAAUAAAUAACUGGUGGUGUGCUAACUUUAUUUACAGUAUCGGUUGACUGGUUUUUAUUAAUAAUUAUUUAGGGUACCAUAAGAUCUGUAUGUAUAAAACAUUCUGUUUCUGUCUGCAAUGCAUUUUAUAAUCAUUUCUAUGAAAUGUAUUUUGUUUAAUCAGAUAAGCUAAUAAGUAAAUUGGUUAUAUCAUUUGUAUUUGUUAGCCUACUGGACAACAACUGUGCCUGGUGCACCCCGGCUUUUAAUAAAUACUCAUUGGUUAUAACUCUAA